AUGGCCUCUGUUGAACCCACAAUUGCCUCUAUUGUUGCUGCAACCAACUCGUCCAAAUCUGCGUGGGAUGCUUUGCACACAACUUAUGCAAACAGAUCACAAACUCGGGUCUUCAUUCUGCAUGAUCAACUUGCACGUACCACGAAGGACUCUCAUUCCAUCACCGAAUAUCUUCAUACUAUUCGGUCCCUUUCGGAUGAGUUAGCUACUGCUGGUUCUCCUGUAUCCAAUCCUGAACUCAUCGUCAAAAUACUCAGUGGCCUAGGUCCUGAGUUUCGUGAAAUCUCUGCUGCCAUUCGUGCCCGUAAUACGGCUGUCUUUUAUGAGGAAUUGUUUGAAAAGCUACUUGAUCAUGAACUCUUUCUUCGCCAUGAGGAUGCUAAGAAAUUAUCCGAUCCCAUAACUGCUGCAGUCGCUACUCCUACCAAAUCCAAUGCCAACAAUCGCAACAUCGCACGCCGAACAACACUUCCUAACAAUGGCACCAGAAUUCACAUCCAAACACUCCACAGUGGCAGUCUAACCCAAAUCGAAGAUCUGUCACUCGAUGUUAACUUUGCAAUAGGAUUGGCCGCACCACCAAUGUCUGCCGCUCAAAAUCACAUAAUCACUUUGAGGCAAAAUCCAACUAUGCGGCCUGAUUUACUGCUGCCACCAGUCCCUGGAUAG